CGGUGCCAGUGUGGUCUCAGAGGAAGGUGAGUGUGGUCUAAGAGGAAGGUGAGUGUGGUCUAAGAGGACCUGGAAGCUAAUUGUCUUCUGAGUGUUUUGUCCAGACGAAAUGCCUACAGCUCCAUCUAGUGGUCAGUGCACACAAACACAUUUGUGAAUUUUAAAUCCGUCUACUUAAGAUUCAAAUCAGUGAGCUCUGUGAAAAUAAUGCUAACACGCAGGUGUUUUUUUUUUUUCAACCACCAUGAAAAGGAUUUUGACUGAGCAAAUGUGAUGGAACUGAGAGCAUUAUGUGUGUGUGAAGUUCAGAGUGUGAGGUGUGACUUCCUCUGCAAGAAGCAGUCGAGGCCAAACUUUGGUUGUGGCCCGCAGUAAAAAUGAACCUUUCUGAUUCUGAAAUAUAAAUGGUGCCAGUGGACAGGAGCCUCUUUUCAAAAUACACUAUUCUAUUGUAGAGGCACAGGGACUCAUGCAGAGUUUAAUUCAGCUAAGUGCUCCACAAUUAGAUUAUUUAUCGAUUAGCACCAAUGAAUGAGGGCCAACUCAAGCAAGUGGCUUGCAGCUGAGUGGUCUCAUCCUGCAGAGAGAAAGGUGUGAACUCUUUUGUGCAACAAUGACACCUGCCCCCCCCCCACACACGUAUCAGUUUCCUUCAAACUCCCACAACAUUUCCUUUGUGGCAGUUAAGAGGGUCGACUAUAAAUGGUGGAGCGGAGUGAACGCUGAUCAUCUUCUAACUCCGGACAACGACCAUGUUCCACAUGUACUGCGUGAUCCUGUUCCAGCUGCUCUCCCUCACCGGGGCCACUGAGAGUGGCAUUGUGGGUGGGAAGGUCGCAAGGCCUCAUUCUAGGCCCUACAUGGCAUCACUCCAAUUACGGGGCAAACAUUUAUGUGGCGGAAUGCUCAUUCGGGAGGACUUCGUUCUAACAGCAGCACACUGCAAACAAAAUGAGCCGUUGACGGUGGUGCUUGGAGCACAUGACAUCAGCAAGGAAGAGAAAAGUCAGCAAAAGAUCCGAGUAGCGAAGUACCACCCGCACCCAGAAUUCACCGAUAAACAAUACGACUAUGAUAUCAUGUUGCUUGAGUUAAAAAACAAUGCCACGCUGACGCGCUCGGUGAAGACCAUCAAGCUUCCUAAGAAAAGUGGAAAAGUCCCCGCCAACAUCAAAUGCGUCGCUGCCGGCUGGGGCCAAACCGCCGAAACGCCGUCCUCAAAUGUGCUAAAAGACGCCACGGAAGUGAUGCAAUUCAGCUUCGAGUGCAAACAUAAAUGGGCAGAAUACUUCAAUCCUCAGAACAUGAUCUGCACCACAUUUGACAAAAAGAAUGGAGGGGUUUGCCAGGGCGACUCUGGGGGGCCACUUAUCUGCAACACGGGGCUGCAGGGUCUGACAGCUUAUACCCUGGGAGCUGAUUGCAGUGAUCCCAAAUAUCCACACGUCUUCACCAAAGUCAGUACCUUUCUGCCCUGGAUUAAGAAGGUGAUGAAAUGA